GCUCCUGAGAGUGCACUUUCCAACUGUUACUCCACGAUCACAUCUGCCGUUAACAAGUAACUAUUUAAGGCUGUCAGCUUUAGAAGGUAUAUAGCAACAGCCAAAUUUUCUCAAUAAUGCGAAUCCUAUCAUAAAACCUAGGCAGUGAUUUCAAAGAACGGAAAAUUUAUUCUCUGACUAACCAAAUGUUGUUUUCUCACUUUAUUAUCGUGCUUUUGAUAACUAGAUGAUCCACUUUGAAAGGAACUUCAUUUCUAGACUUCGACAUUACGAAUUUUUGUCCCAAUAUUGUUUUUCUACACUAUCUGGAUAUAAUUAAGUGAGUCGUAAAAUCAACCAAAGGAAAUGUCUUUUAAGAUUCCGCGAAUCGGUAUCCAACGCAAGUUAUUCGAUUCUAAUUUAGAUGGCAUUCAAAACAAUCAGAGUUCACAAGAUAUAAGUUUUAGUGUUCAAAAUAAUAGCAACAUCCAUCAAUGUAAAGAUGAAUUGGAAGACCAGUCGAGUCAAAGUCAUUCAGAAUAUAACUCAUCAUUCUGGACUUCGCUUCGUAAUAUCUGGAAACACUCUGAUCGUGAAGACACAAGCUUGAUUAUAGACAAAGACGAUGAACAUAAUGAUGAAUUAAAAUUAAGCAAUUUACUAAGCGACAUAAGCGAGACAACGGAUUACUUAAUGAACAAGAUAAGUAUGUCAGAAAAAAUAAUUGCAUUUGCGAACCUAAACGGCAACUCACUUAAAACUACUUCAGAAUCAGUAAAAAAUCUAUCUUGUGGAAAGAACAUUAUUAUCGCUAAACAAAAUUAUUUAAAUGCGUUUUCGGAAAAAGUGAAAGAGUUUCCUCUUUCCAUGACUGAACGUUUAGAUAGGUAUGAACCAUUUAAAAGACAAGCCUUCAGGAUCUUUUCGAAAGUUGAAAAUUCUAUGGCUGAUGAAUCAAGCAACUUUGAUCGUUUACCUGCGUCAUCUCGCAACGAUUUAGAACACGCUGUUGUGACUCUAAGGAAUAAACUCAAGUCUUUACAAGAAAGCAGCAAUCGAGACGAAUUCAUGUUGUGUGGAAAUAUACUGCGCAGUAAUGGAGUCCCAACACAAAAUAAGAAACAGCCAGCACAUGGACUUAAUAAGUACAUGUUGUCUAGUACAGGAUCAGAACUCUCUAUUCACAUGAAGUUUCGAACACCUCUUUCGAUUGCUGCGAGAAAACCUAAUAUCCGGUCUGUACCAAGGUUAAUAAAUAAUUCACGAGAACAAAAAAUAUAUAAUGAAGAUUACGCAGAUCAUAGAACACGGAAGACAAGCAAGUUUCAAUUGAAAGAUGAAUCCAAAUACUACCAAAAUACGGAUUAUAUACAUUCACCUGAAAUGACAUCUGACAGCAGUGACUGUAUAUCUUUAUCUAGUAUAUCUGAUAUAUAAAUUACUGAACCCAG